AGGAGGCAGCAAUGUACAGUGUCACAACUCUUCAGCAGAAAUAUUAGUUGUUCUUUGCGGAGGAUAAAGAAUAUACGAGUAGGAUUUGAUCGGUCUCCAUGUGCCGCUUCACAGUGUGUUCAAAUAUUCGUUGCUGAAAGGGGAAUACCACCGCUCCAUAAUGUAACAAUAAUGUUUCCCGUUAUCAUUGCAAUCAUUUCGAUUUUUAUGAUCAUACAGGUUACGCGCAGCUGAAAGAACAGAUUAGAAUCGCCCUGCUGACAAACGGGCAGCGGCGUGACGACAUGUAGUCGAGCAAAGCAGCGUCAUGUGACGUUAUUGACACAUUCCAGUAAGUGGAAGGGAGACGCAUGACGCAAAACAAAGCACUGUACACAAAUUAAUUCAUAUAAGGAAUAAACCCAAAAACAAGAACAUAGUCGUAGAGACUUUGUAUUUAUAUUAUUUCUGUAGCAUAGAUUUUCAGGCUUUCUACCUAGUACCAACACAAAAUAUGCACGUGAGGUGCAGGUAUUAUUUUUGUCCACUCGGGGUCGCCGUCCUCACGUUCUACACUGUCGUGUCUGUGACUUGAAAUGUUUGUGGCUUUAAAAGGCGGGUCCCGGCCUGUCGAGUGACGGAACGAGAGCGUCGGCUAUUAACUGGCUCGCCGUUAACCGGCAACGGUCCACGUGGAAAAAACGAUCAACACAAAAUAUCGCGAGAUAUCGAAAAGUCGAUAUGUGUAAGCUGACGCGAACUGUUUGGAAUUUCCAUGAAUGGCUGAAGGCUGCUUUCUACUUGGUGAACGCCAGAAGUCAGCAAGGAAGGUGUCAUAAAAUUGGACCUUGCGUUGUCUCCGUCAGUGUUUCCCAACCUUGAGUCAGCCUCAGAAUAUACUUUCACAAAGAAAAUGUGUCAUGAAAAUCGUGUGGAGGAGCAUUUCAUUGUUCAGUUUGUCACUGUCGGUCACAGGCACAGAGAGAUGAACACAAAUACAUAAAUUGGACUAAAUCGAUCAUUUUGGGGCCGGCGUACGCGCAGUCACAAGACGACAGAAGCAAAGAAGCCCGAGACGACACGCAGCCUUCGUCAGCACUGCGUCAGCACGCCCAUGAGCUCAUGCUGAUGGAGGGAGGAGGGAUGACGAGGAUGAGGGGAGGAGGAAGGGCGCGGUGUGGCGCGCGCACACACACACACACACACGCAGAGGACAGGAGCAGCAGAGCAGCGAGAGCAGAACAAAACAACAACCUCCUUCAUCCUGCUUUGAAUUAUUGCCUCCUCGUCCGAAUUCCUUAUUUUGAGGAAUCCGCUUCCAAGGAAAACGGGAUUCAGCACCUCGGAUAGCGACCAUGGCGCCCGUGACGCUGGAGGAUGGAGCCCAGCCCGCGGUGGUCCCGGCAGGUGUUGCGGCGGUGAGCGUCUUCGGCCUGAUCUUCGCCGUGUCGGCCUUUUCGUGGAUCUGCUGCCAGCGCAAAAACACCAAAAGCCAGAAGACGCCCCCGUACAAGUUUGUGCACAUGCUCAAAGGUGUCGACAUCUAUCCGGAAAGCCUCAGCGGCAAGAAGAAGUUUGCCUCCGCCGCCGUGGCAACCGAUCAAGCCGAUAAAACGGACGUUAAUGGCAACUGCCACGCCGCCGCGACGCCCGCGGCCGCUCCCGAGCUGGCGUCGAGUCCCGGCGGCUCCAGACCGGCCCUCCAUCUGGACCUGGAACAACGGGACCUCAACGGCAACUUCCCCACCAAACCCUUUCACCACCACAAGGUGCGCAGCUCGCCCGACUUGGAGCUGCCCUCGCCGCACGCCGGCUUCGCCCAGCCCGGCGCGACGGAGCGCCGGGACCUCCCCUCGCCGUCCGCCGCCAUCUCCGGCCAGGCCCCGACCCCGGCUGCGGACGAGAGGGAGGGGAGGCUCGGCACGCUCCACUUUGCCUUGGAGUACCGACCGGAGAAGAAGGCCUUCAUCGUCCACAUUAAGGAAGCCCACGGCCUGAGCCCGACCGAUGAGCAGUCCCUGACGUCGGACCCCUACAUCAAGCUCACCCUGCUCCCGGAGAAGAAGCACCGGGUGAAGACCAGGGUCCUGAGGAAGACUCUGGACCCGACCUUCGACGAAACCUUCAGCUUCUACGCAAUUCCGCUGGCCAGAGUGUCGGAGCUGGCUCUCCAGUUCACGGUGCUCAGCUUUGACAGAUUCUCCCGGAAUGAGAUCAUCGGCGAGAUCCUCGUCCCGCUGUCGGGGAUCGACUUGUCCGAAGGCCGCGUGCCGAUGAGCCGGGAGAUCAUCAAGAAGAACGUCAAGAAGUCGUCGGGCCGAGGCGAGCUCCUGCUCUCCUUGUGUUACCAGUCCGCCACCAACACGCUGACCGUGGUGGUCCUCAAGGCCCGCCACCUGCCCAGCAACGACGACAGCGGACCCACAGAUCCGUAUGUGAAAGUCAAUCUGUAUCACGGGACGAAGCGCGUGUGCAAGAAGAAGACCCACGUGAAGAAGUGCGCCCCCAACCCCGUCUUCAACGAGCUCUUCACCUUUGACCUGCCCUCCGACGAGGGCCUGAGAAACACCAGCGUGGAGCUGCUGCUGAUGGACUCGGACGCGGGCGACUCCCGCUGCCCGAAGCCGGUCCUCAGGCGGCUGCUGAUGGGCACGACGGCGGCGGGCACCGCCGGCGAGCACUGGCGGGAGAUCUGCGAGCACCCACGCCGCCAGAUCGCCAAGUGGCACGCCAUGUCUGAGGAUUAAGACGGCGGCAUGCGUGUCGGAUGUCCCGUCCGGUUCAAACGACGGAGCGACUGAACGGAGAAGGCGCGAUUCGGGGUCCGGCUAGCCAUCGGACGAUCGGGGAGGGAGGGACGUGAUGUCAUCAACCAACCGACCGAUCAAUCAAUCAAUCAAUCAAUCAAUCAAUCAAUCAAUCGCUCGCUCAUCUUGGAAGUUACAGCGCUGUCGUUGACUAACAAGGCAAAACCAGAAGCGCGUACACGCUACAUUGGCCAAAGUAUUCGCUUAGCUGCCGUCUGCGGUCGGCCGGAAUCUUCGUAUCUCCAAAAUCGUUACUUUGCCAAAUGACUGCAAACGACUGCUGUCGUCGUCGUCGUCGUCGUCGUCAUCGUCGUCAACCAUUCAUUUUUAUCACGACGGGCUAACUCAAAUAUGGCCAAGCUCACUUUUUUCCACUCACGUUUUAUUGAGUUUUUAUAUCUGUAUGUAUUUAUUCUCUGCAUUUUUGCUGUUGUUGUGACGUUCUUGUUUUUAUUUUUCUUUGUAAGGUGACCUCGGACCCUCAGAAAGGCGCCUGUACAUAAAAAGUAUCAUUCUUCUUAUUAUUUUUACUACUGCUAUUAUUAUUUUCCGAGCUUAUUGUCGACAAAACAUCCAGACUUUCCACGCGCGACAUUAGGAGGCGGAGUUUUAGUUCAAGAGUUCAUAGAUUUGUUCUCAAGCGGUUUUUCAAAUGAAAGCGCUUCGUAAUGCAUACAAAUAACAGACCGAUCGAUUUGUAAAAAAUAGGAUUGGGACGAGACUCGGAGAUACGAGGUUUCCGCUCAACAGCGAUGACAUCCCAGUCUUAAUCCACGGGGUUCAAUUGGACAAAGUAUCCCAAACGAUGUGAAGAAUUUGAUCGACGCGCUCCUAAAUCUUGUGGAUAUCCUUCCCAGAAGAUGUGCUGGGCCGCCCUCAUAUCCAACCUUGUGGAUGAGGAAUAGGAUGUCACGUCGAUCGGCAAUCCAGUCAAGGCAGGCGAGCGAAUAUUUUUGCAAUCCCUUGGAGCUUCAAAUGAGCUCAAAGACUGUCGCCGGGUUACGUCCGUCAGGUUGUCAUGGUAACCCGGUGCUUCAAGGUCUCUUCGUCUCUUCCUCUUUAAAUUGACCUCUGCCUUCUGACCAAAACCCGAAAAACAGCUGAAAAUUUGACAUUUAUUCAUUGGAAUGAACACAUUUGUAGAUUUCAUUUAGAUUUCUUUUUUUUUUUUUACUCCUCUGGGUGGACUUGUGGAACAUGUUUUUGAAGUGCUAUU